AGUGCACCAUCAUGAAUUCGUUAUUCGGACACGAGUUUUCGGGUCGACUCGCGGGCGUAGAGUAAAGUGAAACAUAUGCGGACAAGGGGAGGGUGAACAGGACCCUCCCACGUAACUAGGCGUAUGCUGGCCAGGGCCGGGCGGGAUUUCCGCAAUAGCAAGUAAUAUGGCGAAGACCUACGAUUACUUGUUUAAACUGCUGCUGAUCGGGGAUUCGGGCGUUGGGAAGACCUGCGUGCUCUUCAGGUUCUCGGAGGAUGCCUUUAACUCGACAUUCAUCUCCACUAUAGGCAUCGACUUUAAGAUCAGAACCAUUGAGCUGGAUGGAAAAAAGAUCAAGUUACAGAUAUGGGACACAGCUGGUCAGGAGCGCUUCCGGACCAUCACAACGGCGUACUACAGAGGAGCCAUGGGUAUAAUGCUGGUGUACGACAUCACCAAUGAGAAAUCGUUUGACAACAUCAAGAACUGGAUAAGGAACAUAGAAGAGCAUGCCUCAGCCGAUGUGGAGAAGAUGGUCUUGGGAAACAAGUGUGACGUCAAUGACAAGCGUCAAGUCUCCAAAGAUCAGGGGGAGAAGCUGGCGUUGGAGUACGGCAUCAAGUUCAUGGAGACCAGCGCCAAGGCCAACAUCAAUGUGGAGAAUGCAUUCCUCACUCUGGCCAGAGACAUCAAGCUGAAAAUGGACAAGAAGCUGGGCAAUAAUCCGGAGGGGAGCAGUCAGGGCAUGAAAAUCACCGGUGAGCAGCAGAAGAAACCCAGCCUGUUUCGCUGUGUACUGCUGUGACCCCCCCCCGCCCCCCGUCACCUCCCACCCCUAACCGGCGUGGGUGGAGGAGGUGCUGGGACUCUCAGGCUCUUACCUCCUGAACCUCCAUCCACGUCUCCUGUGGUAACAGAGCUUCUGCCUUUUUUGUGUUGAGUACUGGGUAUUCAGCAGGACAGGACCAUCUUGGAACCCAUAGCUGGUGUCUGCGGUCUCGGUCUUCCAACCCCCCCCCCCCCCCC